AUGCCUCGAAAGGAACCGGGCGAUGAGCUCAAUUUCAGAUCUUACAUCCCAGGUUUUGUGGCAGGAUCUAUUGUGUCGUAUGUUAAUGUUAUAGCAGAUGGAAAUUGUGGGUACAGAUGUGUUGCAGAAGCAGUGUUCCGAGAUCAGAACAGAUGGAGUCGUGUAAGGAGAGAUUUGAUUGCCGAUAUGUACGAGCAUUUUGGUACGUACGCAUCGCAAAAUGGUCAAGAUGAAGUCAUCCGAUGGAUAGAAAAAUGCGAUUGGCAAGAAGGACCGUGCAGUUGGGACAAAUGGAUGUCAUUUCCGGAUAUGGGAAUGUCGAUAGCGACUAAAUACAAUGCGGCUUUGGUCUUAUACGCCAUUGGCGGAAAUAUAACCUACUUACCUCUAGUUGGUCCGGGUGAAUUAUCCCAUAUGAUCCAUAUGGUGUUGUUAGGAAACCAUUUUGUCAUUAUCCAGUUACCGGUUAAUUGUCCUCUACCACCUAUCACUCCACAGUGGCGACAUGUUAGAGCCGCAAAUCUUGCCCACUUGUCGGAAAUGUUCGAAGAACGCCUAUACAUGUGGCGUCGUUUAUCUAGGUUGGAAUAG